GCGCAUGCGCCCCGCCCCCGGUGGCUCGGCGGGCCGCGUCCUUUGGCGCGGCCGUGACGCCAUGGCGGGGGCUGGGGGGCUUUUGCUGGCCCUGCUGCUGGCGCGGCUGGCCGCCGGCACCCCCGGCACCCCGCCCGAUACCCCCGCUACCCCGCCUGGCACCCCGCCCGAUGCCCCCGGCACCCCGCCUGGCACCCCGCCCGAUACCCCCGGCACCCCGCCCGAUACCCCCGCUACCCCGUCUGGCACCCCCGCUACCCCCGGCACCCCGCCUGGCAGCCCGCCCGGUACCCCCGGUAUCCCUGGCGCCCCCGGUACCCCGCCCAGCACCCUGCCCGAUACCCCCGGUAUCCCUGGCACCCCGCCUGGCACCCUGCCCGGUUCUCCGGGCACCCCCGGUACCCCGGCCGGCACCCCCGGCGGUAAAAGGUCUGUGAGUCGAGUGUGUGUGGAAAAGUCGCUGGUGUUCAGGAGUAACACCCCAUACCCCACCGCCACUGUUGCUGUCCCUGGUGGGCCUGAUCUGUUCUGUGUGCAGCUGGAGGACUCAAAGCUGAACUAUUUCCAACAGCCACAGGAUAUCAAAGAAUCUGAUUUUUUGAAGUUCUUACAGAAAUAUGGCAGAUACUCUUUCUUAGCACCCUCACAAGUCCAGCCAUCAUUCUCUGCCUUUUACCGGGCUGGAGAUCCAAUCCUCAUCUACUUUGAUUCAUCAUCUGUACUGAGCACGCUUAGACAGCCAGUAAAAAUGGGAGCCAGUGGACUUUGUGUUGAUGGAAAUCCUGCUGGCUUCCUGGACAGUAAAAGCACAAGCUGUACUCGGAUUUUUGCCAACUUGAGCAAGAGCUGCGUUACUGACCCUGCCCUAGAUGCUGCCUCCUACUACCGUGACUUCACUGUGCUAAAGGUCCCAGUUAAGGACACCAUUGUGCAGUCCAUGAAGGUAAAGGUCAGCACAACCACACCACCUGGAGCUCCCCACAUGAAAGACAACAUGUGUAUCAACGUUGUUUCGGAGGUGAUAUAUGAGAUAGAAUUCGGUGGCACACAUGGGAUUCAGAGUGUUUCUGUCCGGUUCAAAGUGAGCAACAUCUCUGGGAACUCAGGAUCCUCUCUGCAGCAGCACUUCACUUUGCACUUCUGGACCAGGACUCUUUCUCAUAUGUUGCCUAGAAGCGGAAACCCUGGCUAUAUCACUGGAGCACCACUGUUGAUUGCAAACAGUGGUGCCAUGCAGCAUAUGAGCAUUUUACAGAGCGAAGGUGAUGGAAGUUGCUCACAGUUCCUCAGACACACAGUACAAUUUGGAAGAAAUACAAGGACAGGCUGCAAGCUCAGCCUGUCCCCAAUACUGGAAGAAAGUGACUGUAGUUACAUCCAGCAGAAGUUAAACAAGGCUCUUCAGGGGAUGAACAGAGCAGAGGACCUUGCUAUAACUGGCAGCGCUCAUUUGACCCAGGCAGAAGAGUGGACGGCCAUUCUGAUUCAGAACUGCAGUGUGCAGGCUGUGAAUUGCACUUCCUGUUGCGUGGUUCCCGUGACCCUGGAGAUACAGAUACUGUGGACAAAGGUGGGCCUCCUGUCCAACCCACAAGCUCAAAUCCUGGGUGCACGGUACUUUUAUCAGUGUCGCCCCCUGAAGUUCCCAAGCAGAAGCACGGUACCUCUGACAACUGUCGUUACCUUCACUGACAUGACGGAAUGGCCAGAACCUCCACGAGGCCAGCCCCAAAUGCACUGGAAACUCCCAUUUGACAUUUUUUUCCCAUUCAAGGUGGCACUGAAUUUGGAAAGAAGUUAUAGAGAUUAUCUGGCUGUCUGUUUCUUCUUGAUUCUAAUAAUCGCUAGUAUUCUCUGCUUCUGAAAAGUCAUGUAGACGAGGCCUGUACUGAAAGUUCAGUAGGUGAAUUGAUACAUUCAGAAUAUGAUCCAGAUCAUAGACUUUUCUCCUCAGGUUCCCGUACUGUGCCUGUGAUAUCUGUGUGCCUUUUGGUCUUGGAUUAAGCCACGUGACGUAGCUUCUGCCCUGUGUCCUCUAAUGCCCCUAUUCUCCACAUGCCCCAUCUGUGAACCUUGCUGCAGUGAAACACGUGAGAGAUGGAGGGAUCAAGAGACGUUGCAUUAACAAAUAACAAGGAGGAUGUUAAAAUGAACGUUCCAUGUUCCCAGAAACCAUGAGUCCUUUCUAAACCACGAGUAUGGAGAGAGGAGCAAAGUUCAAUCCAAGCAUUUUGGAGCUGCGUUCAGUCAUCUUCCUAUUGGAGAAGCACCUGAUUUUUCUACGUGGAACUAAAUGAACAUUUACAAUACAGGAGCCCUCACAGGUGACGUGAAUUUUAUGAGUAGACAUGUCUGCCAGUCACCUUUAACGCAUUCUUGAUACAUGACAACCAUGCCUCCGUGACAGUUUUUGACUCUUAUUUUUCUAUGUCUUUUCAAAUACAGAUAUUCAAUUGAAAUUCUUGUUUUAGUAGCUGUUUACAUUAGCAAUAGUGUUACACAAAGCAAAGUAAUUGUAAGUGUCCCAUCCUCUGAAACAGAAUUGAGUUUUAGUUGUUUGUCAAGAUCUUCCUGAUUUUUUUUUUCCUUGAAGGAACAGGCCCAAAUAUGUUUUUUCCUAGAAAAGAAACAUUCUCUUUGGGUCCAGACAGGAACCGGACUGAUAAUGAUCACCACUGAAAUUCUAGGCAGCACAUGAGAGUGAGUUGUGAACAGUCCUAAAGAAAAAAAAAUUCAAUUAUUUUAGGAAGAAUUUGUAGAUGUAUCAUAAGACGGAAGCUUACUGCACUACCUUACUUCUGGCUCAGCCUCUGGGACCAGAAUGUAAGUUUGUUGUGUUUGAAGUUGUAGGUGAUGUUCUAAUUAUCUAGUCUGCCCCACUGCAUCACACAGGCUAAGGAAAUCUGCUCAAUCAUUCCAUUAAGUCGUUGGACUACGGUUUAUUUUUUUAGCAAAGGAUGUAUUACUUAUCUGCAAUUCUUCAGAUGGAAUCAAUAAUAGGCAAGAAAACCAGAGAAAUCUGGCCUACCUUUAACAAAAUGUAUUUGUUGCUUUUGUAUGUAUAUUAUGUAUGGCAACUUUAUUGCUCUCCCUCAUUACAAACGUUAACAGAGCAGUGCAAAAAUAAACUGAAAAUAUUGUAAUUAGUCAGGAUAUCAGAGGAGAUAACCUGAAUAAAACAAAACCAUGACCCAUCUAAAGCAUGCAGAUUAUGGAGUAACUUCACACAUUUAACUUUCUGAUUGCUUGCAUGGUUUAUUGGCUUGGAAAGAAUUCCAUGCAAAUACCUGCUGCUUCCAUUGAAAGCCCAUGGAAGCCCGUCUGCACACGCAGGCGUUCUAGUGUUACCUAUGGCUGGAGGUGCCAGUACAGCGACAAGCUUUGGGUUCAGACACAUGUGGCUUCUCAACUGUGCCUGUAGUAUCUUUGCAAAGCUUUUAGCAAAACACAUUUGUAGCAUAUGCCACGUGUUCUCUUAUGCUCCUCAUUUGUAGAAUCCAGGAAAUUAAUUUAGAGGUGACAGUAACUGAACUGAACAAAUGCUUAGUUGGAGAAACUUGCCAGAUGUCACGAUGCCAAGUGUGUCAGGAUAUGGCUUGACUGAAAAGGAUCUGGCAUCUCUGUUUUCCGCAUUAUUGAGAUAAUUCAAUUAGGUGACUACAGAGAUUUUCAUUCUGUGAGCAGCAAAUACAUGGAAACGCUGUAAGAAUGCAUCAUCUUACUAUUACAAUUCUCUGUCGUAUCCCUACCCUCCAUUAUGCGCUAUUUUCUAGCACACAUUUUUUCCUUAUUGCAGGAAAUGGAGCUGGAGGGAGCCUCAUCCAUAAUCUGGUCUGAGGCAUGCUCAGUUCCAGCUGUGCCAUACCACACAGAUGGCGGUUAGAGUCUGCGGCUUCCUAUGACAGUUUAUUUCAGUGUCUACUUUGUCAUGUCAUGUUUUUCCCUACUGUCUGAACUUAAAUGGCAUCUGUUGCAACUGAAUACCAGGCAACAGUAUGCCAUUGUCACACACAAGCAGCCUUACGUGUCAGAUGUGCAGAAUGGGGUAUUUAUACUCCAUCUCCAAAUGCUGUGUCAUUUGUCUGCUGACAGCAUUCCACCUGGAACUGUCCUUCGAAUACGUCCUGUUUUGAGGCAGUAAGUCUAUUUUUAUACUGUCCAAGUGAAAGAUGCAAUUUUGGAUUACAAGGUAGGAACAGAGUUACAAAAACUUGACAAGUGCACUGUUAGUAGUGAUGUGAAUUAGCCUGCCCACCCAGCUCUUAAGAUUUCUCUGGGAGGUCGUCAGGUUGUUGUGCUGGAAGCAAACAGCAGCGAGCGUUUCCAUUCCUGCUGUCCGAGAAGCUCUGCUUCGGGGUGCCACUUCUCGCUUUCAUCAUUGAUUCCUCCCCCCACCCAGCAAACAGAAAUAACAUGUAAAUUUCUGAAAUGAAAUAUUCUGAAAUCAUACCCCCCUUCUAUAAUGUAAGAACAUAUGUAAAAUGCAAAGAAAAAGCCGAAGAAGAAAUCUUACAAAUUCCCGUAAGCUCCUUAGCGUGCUUCCAUUUCCUUCAGCGCAAAGUACAUGAGCCGCUGUUAAAUUUGCCAAGUUUUAGCCACUGUUUACAACUGGGGUUUGUAGCGAAAGGUGAGGUGCCUUACACACUUGCUGCCUUCGUCUGGCUCAGCUUUGCCGGGGGCUACUGUGUGCCCGUGUACCUUAAGAAACAGUUCUUGUAAGAACGCAUAAACCCGAUCCCGCUACACGCCCACAGCGCCUCACGGGACCCCGGCACCGGGAUCCCCGGCGCGUCGCUUCACGGGUGCCCUGUCGAGGACCCGCCGGGGGUAGGGGGACGGGACGGACACGACACGCUCCCCCCGGCCGCGUCCCGCCCCGGCCCGCAGCUCGUUACAACAGACCGCUGACCGGCGCCGCAGCUCGACAGGACCCGCCGCGGCCCGAGCUGGCGUCCCGCCAUCGCGCCCGGUUGUACCGGAAUGCGCCUUCUGCCUCCUCCCUGCGGGCCCGGCCCACCUGGCACUCGUUGGCCCGGGCACCCUCCCGUGCCGGAGCACCGCCGGCAGGAGCCCCGGCAGGAAGGGUCCUGGCAAGCUGCUGCCGCCGCACGCCGCCCGACAGAGCUCCGGCCGGGCCCUGGCCCGCGCGCGCCGCGCUUCCGGGGCGGGGCGGGGCGGGACCCGGCCAGAAGGGACGCGGGGAAGUGGGGCGGGUGAGUGCGGGCUGCGGCAGCCCCUGGU